GGAGCGUGUGGAAUGCAUUGCGCUCUGCUCAGCGCGCGCGCAAACCCUCGUGCGCUUUAAAGCUUCCGCCGCCGCGCCUGUCCAAGUAUGGAUGCGUAACGUCUGGCCACGCCAUCUCACUGACUCUUAUUUUUGUCCAGUCCAUCAGCUCGCUCCCAGAAGCCUCUGCGCAGGUUAUCCGGUUAUCAGGUUGGGUUUGAAUUGAGCGCGCGCUAGACGGAGCUGCGCGCGCGCGGACCCGGACGUCGCUCUCAGCAUCGGACGCGUCGAACUCUAACAGUCCGAGUCCUUCUGCAUGGUGAUUAUUUACAUAGUAGCCUAUUGCACGGUUGAAAGAGAGUUAUGAAGGCUUCCGAAGCCGCACAUCAGCCCAGAUGCGCUGUGAAAAUGGAGAGCGACUCGGGUUCUGGCGGCCAGCGGCAUUAUCUCCGCGCCAUCACCGGUGCCAUCCCGUUUGUUUUCUCCGUCGCGGCUGUCGCCUUUUGCAUCCUCUUGGGGUUUCAAACCGGUGACAUAAAGAACAGAAUGCUCGAGUUAGAAAGCAGCAAUGGAGAGCGGCUUUUACACCCGUUUGCUGAGGUCUCCAUAGACGAGUUUAACUCAAUGGUACAGGACAGAGUGGACGAGGUUCUGUCACAGCGCUCCUACGAACAUUUUGCACGCGUCAGGACAGCACGUCAAGUCUCACCUGAAUGCAACUGCCCACCAGGCCCACCGGGAAAGCGAGGAAGAAGAGGACACAAUGGAGAACCCGGUCAUCCAGGCCGUCCUGGCCCAGAUGGUCCACCCGGUCUGAAAGGUGAGAAGGGAGAUCAAGGAGACCAGGGACCGCGGAUGGUCUUCCCUAAGAUCAAUCAUGGCUUUCUUUCUGCUGAUCAGCAGCUCAUUAAGCGUCGGCUCAUUAAGGGUGAUCAGGGCCAAGCAGGCCCUCCAGGCCCCCCAGGACCUCCAGGUCCUCCUGGUCCCAGGGGACCCCCAGGAGACACAGGGAAGGAUGGUCCCAGGGGAGCUCCAGGGUUACCCGGUGACCCAGGAGCCCCAGGCGAGCUCGGCCCUGUGGGACCCGAGGGCCCUCCAGGACUCAAGGGCUCCACUGGGCCAACUGGCAUUCCAGGUAUUGACGGAUUGAAGGGCGAGGUGGGUCUGCCCGGAUUAGAUGGAACCCCCGGUGCCAAGGGUGACAGAGGAGAGCCAGGUGAAAAGGGUGACAUGGGAGAAGAAGGGCCAAAGGGCAAUGUUGGUGAGAAGGGUGAUGCAGGGUCUUCUGCAGCUGGCAUUAAGGGUGAACCAGGUGAACCAGGACGAAGUGGGCAAAAGGGAGAACCAGGACUUCCAGGGCUGCCUGGACUUCCCGGAAUAAAGGGUGAACCUGGCUUUCUCGGCCCUCAGGGAGAGCCAGGGCUGCCAGGACUACCUGGAACCAAGGGAGAACGCGGAGAACCAGGAUUGCCAGAAAAGGGUGAACGUGGGGAGACAGGCCCAUUUGGACCAAAGGGAGCACAAGGGGAGCCAGGAACACCAGGCCUCAAAGGAGCCAAGGGGGACACUGGAGACAAAGGAGAUGUUGGACUCACAGGACCCACAGGUCCAGCUGGAGAGAAAGGUGACCAGGGUACAACUGAAAUAAUCGACUACAGUGGAAACAUCCAAGAAGCACUUCAGAAGAUAACCACUAUUACAGUGACGGGUCCCCCUGGGCCUCCUGGACCAGUUGGACCACAGGGCAUUAAGGGUGAUCAAGGUCCUCCAGGUCUUCCAGGUCUUGAUGGAGAAAGGGGUCACAAGGGUUCAAAAGGUGACAUGGGAAUGCCAGGAAUGUCUGGCGAUAAAGGAUCUGUAGGAUUGCCCGGGCUACCAGGUUCCAAUGGUCAGAAAGGUGAAAAAGGUGAUACUGGCCUGCCUGGACCUCAAGGACCAUCUAUUAUCGGCCCUCCUGGGGCACUUGGUCCACAUGGUCCUCCUGGUCCAAUGGGCCCACAUGGAUUCCCUGGACAAAAGGGGGAAGCAGGUUUGCCUGGUUUGAAGGGAGCACGCGGGGAGCCCGGGCAUAAGGGUGACCGCGGACCCCUGGGCCUCCCUGGAGCGUCUGGCUUGGAUGGCAAGCCGGGAUUAAGGGGUACAGACGGCCCAGUUGGUGCUCCUGGUCCUGCUGGUCCUAAAGGAGAUAGAGGUGAGAAGGGUGCCACAGGUGAACCUGGACCAAGAGGACCAUAUGGAUUACCUGGUGCUGCUGGGACACCUGGCUUGGAUGGGGAGAAGGGAAAGAAGGGCAAAAAAGGGCCUAAGGGGGAGAAAGGAGAACAGGGUGCCCCUGGAUUAGAUGCACCCUGCCCAUUGGGGCCAGAUGGAUUACCAAUGCCUGGCUGCUGGCAAAAGUGAACAGUCUAACUCAAACCGCAUGGAAUUUGUAAAUAAUGCUCCAUUAUUGUAUUUAUAGUUUUUAUUUUUAAUUGUGAAGAAGAAUAUAAAUGGAUCUUAAUAUAAAUAUGUGUGUACACUGAGGUAAAAGUGAAAAGAUCAUGAGCCUCACCAUGCCCAGCUGCUUCUACUCACCCUUGUGCUGUCAUGGCGGUGUGUGUCACAUUCACAUAAGCAUGGUGGAGUUUAGAUCAUGUGUGUGACCCACCACAAGACUCUUGAACACAAGAACAGGUUUGCAUGGUCCUUGGGAAAAGAGCGGAUACAGAAAUGGAUUAAUGAGGUGCAAGAAAAAGGUGGAAGAGAAAGAGGAGGCGAUGGAGAGAUCAGGACUUGUUCAUAUCAUCAUGUCGUACUACCAGCUCAAAAGACUAAAGACUGUCCACACAACCUAAAAUAAGCAUGUCUAUAUCACAUUGUGCUGUGAUCAAAAUGCUAUGGCUUCUGCAGAGCACUAACCAACUGUUCUUACUUUGUCUAAUAAGGAACGUUUUGCCCAAAGGUUUAAUUUACUUUUUGUCAUCUUCCCAAGGGAGUCACACCUUGGCUGGUGGCCUGAGAGAGUCAUUUAAGUGGAGGUUGAAUGAGAUUGUUGGUUUCCUUUAUUGUUAAGAGGUCAGUUACUUCAGCAGUUCGGGAUUUAAUUCCCUGAGCGCCGUGACUUAUUGAAAUGAACAACGAACUGUAAUCACAGGAUAAGUGGAAGAAAGAGCAGCAGCUGCACUGUCUUCAUCUAAUCCUGUGUCAGGUGGCAGAUCAGAAACUUCAACCUAAAUGCUCUCUACUGGAGUGAGUGCGUGCAAAAGGAUGGAGAUUUCCAACACCUGUCGCAUCGUCAGGAACGGCGUCUCAGUAUUCCUCUGAAACGGAAAGCUUGAUGGGAUCUCCUGAGAUGACGUGAUGACAUUUUUUUAAUCAAUAGUCAAUAGUGACUCAAGUCUUUUGUUAUUAAAUUAUUGUCAUUCCCUUAU